AUGUGUCUUCAAAUAUCUCUUAUUGUCUUUAACUUGAGCCUUCCAGAAGUAGGAUCUUAUUUUGCAAGUACUUAUCUUUUAGAUAAUAAUGCAAACAAUUUCUACCUUGGUAUCGAUUUAGCGCCAUCCGAUAGUAAUGCACCACGUAAACUUUCAGUAAAUGGUAAAGAUUGUACAAGAUGUGAUUGGAUUCAAUCAUUAAAUAAAUGUACAACCUCUGGUAUGUUCUCAUUGAGUUCUGUUGAUAUUCCAUUUGGAACUGGUAGUGGUGGUCAAGAUGAAAUUUCAAUGAUUAAAACUUACCUUGGUAAUGAUGUAACCAAUGGUAUUCCAAGUACACUCAAUAUAUCAUUAGCAGGUCCACAUUCAUACAAGUUUUAUUUAUAUUCAUUUAAUUCAGAUUGGACAGGUUCAAUCAUUAGUCCAAUACCAUUAUUUUCAAUUAAAAUCAAUGGUAAAUAUCAAGAACCAAUAACAAGAGCACCAACAUAUCUUCAAUCUAAAAGAUAUGGUCCAUUCUAUUGGAAUAAUAUUAAUUCAAAUGAACAAGUUUUAUCAAUUGGUUGGGCAAAUGAUAAUAUUAAAUAUUCAAUUCCAUUAUCUGGUAUUGAAAUUUAUUCAAGUAUUCAAACUCCAUUCUCAAUCCCAUUUUAA